GUCAUCGGCCUGGACUAGUGUAGCCUUCAUCGUCGGUCUGGUUGCACGCCUCCAUCCAAAUGAAGAAACUCGUUGGAGCGAUGAUGUCUCAAUUACAGGGUGGAUGUGGAGGGACGACGCUGGCUGGUCCUACCAAAUCAUUCUUCUACGAUACUUAUAAAUACGCCUGUCCCAUCUAUCCCGACUUCAUCAACACAAUUUCAUCGUCUUCAUUCUCUAUCGGUUCAUCAAUCCACACCGACCAUCAUGUUGACUAAAACUACCCUGCUUGCCCUCUCUGCUCUCGCAUCUGCCCACAGCAAUCUCCAAACCCCGAUCUCCGGACCACACCAGUCCCUAUGGUAUAAUACUCUCCCUGGAGACGGAGGCACACAGGCCGACUCUGUCUUCUCGGGCAUCUCAACAUUCGGCCGUCUUCCCUACUUCCCAUGCCUGUCUAGCGAAGCCGAGAAAUACGACAUCGCCUUCAUCGGCGCUCCAUUUGACACCGGCACCUCCUACCGUCCCGGUGCUCGCUUCGGACCAAGCGGUAUCAGACAAGGUUCUCGCCGUCUCAAUCUCUACGGAGGAUACAAUGUCCCGCUCCAAGCGAACCCGUUCACCAGCGACCUGAGGAUCCUCGAUUGUGGCGAUAUCCCAGUCACCUCAUACGACAACGCCUGGGCCAUCCAGCAGAUCGAAGAAGGACACAACAGCGUGCUCAUGCGCAAGCCUCUCACCGACGCACACUCCCCCGGGCUCUCUAAGGCCGGCAAGACCCUGCCCCGAAUCAUCACCCUCGGCGGAGACCACACCAUCACGUUGCCCCUGCUGCGGAGCAUCAACAAGGCGUAUGGCCCUGUGACUGUGAUUCACUUCGACUCGCACCUCGACUCCUGGAAACCCAAAGUCUUCGGCGGCUCGCCCAGCAAAGUCGCCUCCAUCAACCACGGCACGUACUUCUACCACGCCGCCAUGGAAGGAUUGCUGAAGAACGACACGAACAUCCACGCGGGAAUCCGCACCACGCUCUCCGGCCCCUCGGACUACGAGAACGACGGAUACUGCGGGUUCGAGAUCGUCGAGGCCCGAGAGAUUGAUACCAUCGGAACCGACGGCAUCAUCCAGAAGAUCCGGGACCGAGUCGGCACGGAGAACCCUGUUUAUCUCUCCAUUGACAUUGACACGCUGGACCCAGCUUUUGCGCCCGCAACGGGAACUCCCGAGACAGGGGGCUGGUCGACGCGCGAGCUGCGGACCAUUGUGCGUGGCCUGGACGGAUUGAACCUCAUCGGGGCCGAUAUCGUGGAGGUCGCGCCUGCUUACGAUACCAAUGCCGAGCUGUCUACCAUGGCGGCUGCGGAUGUUCUGUAUGAGAUCUUGACGAUCAUGGUGAAGAAGGGGCCGUUGACUCUGCCUGAAAAGACUGACUUGUAAAUGAGUCUCGAGGAGAAUGGAUAUUCUUGAGGGGAGAUGAGAAGUUGUUGGUGAAUAUUGAUUCGCACCAGAAGUCUGAGUGUAGAAAGCUAGUAACUUGCUGGGACUAACUAGAUAACUAAUGAAUACUGCCUAACACAAAG